AUGGCACAAGAUCAAGAAUACGCGCUAGGUAUCGACUUAGGUACAACAAAUUGUUGCGCGGCUUACUGCUGGUAUACAAACAAACUUAACUUCAAAAUCAUUGAGCAUGGUGACUGCAGCCCACUUCUUCCAUCCAUUGUCACUUAUAGUUCCAAAAACGGAGAACCAUCUGUUGGGAAUAAAGGCGGUUUAGUGGAAUUCCCCGAAACGACUAUCAUAAAUUCAAAACGGUUUAUCGGGCUUUCGUUCAAUGACCCAGGUGUUGUAAAUGACUCCAAGUUUCUUCCUUACAAAACUAUCAACCGAGAUGACAAAGUAGGUUUUGAAUUAACUUUUAACAAUAAUAAGGACAAAUUGAUCUUUACUCCUACGGAAAUAGCUACUCAGCUUCUGAGAGAAAUUAAAAACAAUGCUGAUAAUACUUUAAACAAAAAUUUUACAAAAGCUGUUGUUACUGUACCUGCAUAUUUUAAUAAUAAUCAGAGAAAUGAAACAAAAUUGGCAGCAAAAAGGGCUGGAUUCAAUGAAGUUUAUAUUUUAGACGAACCUGUGGCUGCCGCCUUAGCUUACGGAUAUGAAACUGAUUUUGACACAGAUUCAGAUUGCAACCUUCUUGUGUUUGAUCUUGGUGGAGGCACCUUUGAUGUUUCUAUUGUUUGUGUUAAAAAUGGUGAUGAAUACGAGGUACUUGCAAAAACGGGAGAUUCACAUUUAGGCGGUACUGAUUUUGAUCAUUGUCUUUUUGAAUACUUUAAAAAUGAUUUAAACAAAAAGCACCGAAUUGAUGUUACUUCAAAUAACAUUUAUAAAACCAAACUUCUUAAUGCUUGUGAGAAGGCAAAAAUUAAUUUAAGCAAGAAUAAAAAAGCUGAAUUUGACAUUCAAUUUGGAAGUUAUUGUUGUACCCUUGAAAUCACCCGUGACAUAUUCGAAAAAAUAUGCCAAAAAGAAUUUGAAAAAACAAAAGAAACUAUUGAUGAGGCACUAAAACUAGCCAAUAUUGAAUCUUCAAGUAUUAAUCAUAUCAUUCUUGUGGGUUGUUCAAGCUCAAUACCAUAUAUUUCUAAGUCCAUUUUAAGAGAAAAGUUUACCAAUAGUAAAAUUUCUAAUGAUGUCAACCCUGCGGAGGUUGUGGCUCGAGGUGCAGCACAGAAAGCAGCAUUUAUUUCGGGAAACAUACAUGGCAAUAUUUCGGAAAUCAAAAUCAGAAAUAAGACAUCACUUUCAUUUGGUGUGAGUGUUGUUCAUGGGAAAUUUUUUUGCAUUGUUCCUAAAAACACAGAAUAUCCAAUAGAGCAAUCAAAAGUUUUUCAAACUGUUAUGGAUAAUCAACAACAAUUAAGAUUGUCUAUAUAUCAGGGCGAACGACCUUAUGCUCGAAAUAACUAUUUUCUUGGAAGUAUUCGUAUUUCUGUAACUCCUUUGCCUGAAUCCCAAGCAAAAGCUACACUGAGAUAUUUGAUUGAAAGCACAAUAUUAUUAAAUAUUUAG